CAAAUUGAAAAAGACCAGGAAUGUGGUGUGGACAAUCAUGAUGUACUCCUCCUUGAUCCUCGUAUCCAUGUUUGACUGAUCACCUUGAUAUAACCCUAUUUCGCUACCACUUUUUCUCAAGUCCUCCAAGUUUGUGUUAUCAAAAUUGAAUAAAAAAUGACACACAAGUCGCAAGUGUAGUUGGGCAUUGGGCUGGGCCCUUCACGAGCUAGAAUGGCAUGAAUACGAGCACGAAAUAUAUGGACAUGUUCGACAUGAGUAUGAAUAUUUCAUGAGUCACACCAGAUCUAAACUAGGGCACAAGCAUGACACAAUUUAUCAGUGGCCUUUUUGAGCCUAAUGUUUUUGAGAGACUAUUGAGUAUAAUAAGCACGACAUGAUACGAAAAGAUAAGUUUAAAUGUAACAAAUUACAGUUAUAAAAAUAACAAUUUAUUAUUGUUAGAACUUUGAAGUGAUCAUACAUACAUUAUAUGUAAUUACUAUUAUAAAUAAAAAUGGCUGAAGAUUUAAAAAAUCAUACGGAGGCCAAAUCACACCCAUUUCACUUUCAAUUUUACUUUUCUAAAAUGUUCUCAAUUAUGACUUUCAUUCUCCGUUCAACUUUCUCCUUUUUCAUUCCCUAUAUUAUUUUCUUCAUUUCCAUUAAGCACGAAUAUGAGCAAAUACAAGUAGGCAAAAUACGAGCACUCGUAUAAAUUAGAACUGAGAAUAGUUAGACUUGGCGAUUUUAGAAUUAAUAAUGGUUGGUCGUGUAAUUUGAAGUGAAUGAAUUUGUAUUUGAUAGACUUACUUAUUCUGCGAAUGUAUAUUUUCCUAUUUGAUUCAUCAAAAUCAUUUGUUCCAAUUUGGUUCAAUCCAAAUAUCAAUUCGUUUCAUUUUUCCCCCAAUAUUUAUAAAAUCUGUGAAAACUAAAGAUCAUACCGGCAUUAUAUUAUUGUUCAAUAUGAUCCGAUCCAAACCGUUGCACACCUUAGUCAAAACUCACCUCCAAACGACAACGCUUGUAUAGUUCCACACACCUACGCAUGAUUGGCAUUUUUCAUUCACGCGUCAUAUUUCCAACUUCCCGCACAUAUUUGUGACACAUGAAUGUUUUAGAAAACUACCGUAAAUAUGAAUGGAUAGAUAUAUAUAAAGAGGAGAUAUAUAGGGAUCUCCUACCAUGCUUUGAAGUUAUUAUAACUUGACGUUUUUUAUUUGCUAUAGCAGGUUUUAUAGGUCGCGUUACGUAAAACUAAUGUUUACUACGUAACAAUUACGUAAUGCUUGUUAGUCUUACGUAACAGUUAAAAUAGAAGCGUUACGGAAGGUUUCCGUAACGACUUAUCAUUUUACGUAAUGCUAGAUUAAUAUUCAUUACGUAAAAGCAUCGCCUAUUACAUAAGGCUUCCGUAAUUGUUACGUAGUAAACAUUAGUUUUACGUAACUGUUAAAUAAAAUACACGCUCAUUACGUAAAGGUUACAAACGAAGAUUAUUUCUUACGUAACAGUUAAAUUAGAUGUGUUACGUAAGACUUCCGUAAUGACUUACCACAUUACGUAACUUGAUUAAUAUCAUUACGUAAAAGGACCAGCCAUUACCUAAGGCUUCCGUCAUGCCACUUUACAACUGUUACAUAAAGUAUGCAUCUAUUACGUAAAGGUUGCGUAACGAUAGUUAUUUCUUACGUAACAGUUAAAUUAGAAGUGUUACGUAAGCCUUCCAUAAUGAUUCAACAGAUUACGUAACGAAAGGUUAAUAUUCAUUACGUAAAAUGAGUGUCUAUUACGUAAGGUUUCCGUAAUGACAUUUUUCAACUAUUACGUAAGAUAAACAUACAUUACGUAACCAUUACGUAUUCCUAUUGUGUUUUACGUAAUGCGACUUGUGAAACCUGUUAUAGCAGGUCAAAAACAUCAAGUUACCAUAACUUCAAGGUAUUGUAGGAAUUUCCAGAUAUAUAAAUUUAAGACAAAGAGAAAUGAUAGUUGGUCGACGUCGAUUGAUCAAUAUGUAUAGUGACACUCUAACCAAAAUGGUGAAUGGAAUACUCAAAGAUACAAGUGAUAUGACGAUGAUGAACUUUCAUUAGCUCUAAGGGAUUCGGCACAAUUCUAUCGUAUUGAUGAUUUCUUGCGUACAAAGGGUUGUGACGAUAUCUCGUCCCAGACAAUUUGUCCUCCCUUAAUUUUACGAGCUUUGACAUGUCCCGUCAUUGAAUUGGAGCUGAUGGUGACAACAUGAUAUAUAGAAAUAGCCAGUCAGGAAGGGCAAAGGGAAUGAGUACACGCUACCACCGAGUAUUAUUAGGAGUAGUCGAAAGGAGUCUGAUUAAUUAAUUGAUGUACGUAUUCUAUUAAUAUAUUCAGUUAGGGCUCACUGGAUAAAGUAAUUAGAGGAGGAAUUAGGUUACCAUGUAAAAUCGAUAGUUAUGUAGUACUUCAUAAUCCAAUCAUGUUAUUCAUUGGUUUUGAAAAUGUGAGAGAGUUACCUAUAAUCUAGAUGGGUUCUCCCUAAAAAUUUUACCUAAAUUUAUAAUGUUCGUGUUUAUACCUUGAGACUGUUUGGAAACAUUUUGGUAGAUAAAAGACUUUUCGAUGUCAGCACAAAUUUUGACAAUCAUUGAUCUCCCAAACUCAUGUGGGGAGGAUUUGCAACCUCUUCCCCAAACAUGUCGUUUUCGAGUAACCGUGGAUAAUAUCCGUCUCGUAUAUCCAAUAUUACUAUACAUAGAAUUCAAUAUGUACACCUUCAGUUAUAACACUAAUUAAUAACCAGGCCUAAUAAGUCACGAAAUAAAAAUAAAAAUCUACAACCAUUUUGUAAUACGAAUUCAAAGCAUUCAAUCCUAAAACAUCCAUUAAUCCCUAAGAAAAGUACAAUACUAUCCAAAUCAUUCAUCUCCGACUCUGACACAUCUACUAAGCAAUAAUAAGCUAACAUAAUCUUGUUAAUAAGAGGCAAAGAAGUGCAAGAAUAAUGAAAGGGUAAAUGGAGGCAAAGAAAUUCGUGUUUGGGUUGAGUGGCCACGCUGAAUUACAUUUCAGCUCUUUAUAUAUAUAUUUCUUAAUUAUCCUUCCUAAUCAUUGAGAGAUUAAAAUAUGAACUAUAUAUUUUUUACAUGCAAAGAAAUAUUUUAGGUGACGGCGGGGGAAGGCCAAACCCUUUUACGAGUUUUGCCCAUACCCACCCGACACCCCCACACCUAAUCAAUGCGAAAAUUUCCCGUUUUGACUGGAUCGGAAGCGAUUGGGUACCUGCGCGGUGGUGGGUUUGAUUGACAAUUUGACAUCUCUAAUUAUGGCUAGCCACUGUCUGCUAUAUAUAUGUGCGGACUAUAUAUUGAGGGUAGGGUGCGGUUAGCUUAUAACAAACAAGCUUUGGAACCUUAGCUUUCAGUUUCUAACACUACUUGAAGAAGUUGCAACGCCAUUCAUAAUGCUACCAUUCGAGCACAAGACUGUUUUGGUGACUGGGGCCACUGGCUUUCUUGCAAAGAUAUUUCUGGAGAAGAUACUAAGGAUUCAACCCAACGUCAAGAAGCUCUACCUUCUUCUGAGAGCUGCCAAUCCAACCUCCGCCACUAGGCGCUUCCAUGAUGAGGUCGUCGGGAAGGAAGUAUUUAGGGUUUUGAAGGAUAAAUGGGGAGUAAAUUUCCAGCCAUUCAUCUCGGAGAAGGUUACCGUUGUUGUUGGAGAUGUCUCCUGCGAGGGUUUGGGGAUUGAUGACUUCCAUUUGAAAGAAGAAAUUCUGAAAGAAACUGACAUGGUUCUCAACUUCGCCGCCAUCACCAAGUUUGAUCAAAGGUACGAUGUGGCACUUGGGACAAAUACUUUUGGAGCUUUGAACGUGCUAGACUUCUCGAAGAAAUGUGCCAAAGUCAAGUUGCUUGUCCAUGUCUCAACUGCAUACGUUUAUGGGGAAGAGCCAGGACUUCUAAUGGAGAAGCCGCUAAGGAUGAGAAGAGCAAGAAAUAACAACAGCAUUGCUGAAGUAUUGAAUUGUGAGAAUGAGCUUCUCCAAAACAGACUGCAAGAACUCCAUUCCAAAAAACUCCCCCACAAAGAAAUUGCCUCUGCCAUGCAAAAUCUCGGCCUGGAAAGGGCGAAAUACUAUGGAUGGCCUAACACUUACACGUUCACUAAGGCAAUGGCAGAGAUGGUGCUUCUCGACUCCAAGGGCAACCUCCCUCUUGUCAUCCUAAGGCCAACAAUGGUGAUAAGUACUCUUAAAGACCCAUUUCCUGGCUGGCUGGAAGGUGCUAGAACUCUUGAUGGAGUACUUGUGAGCUACGCCAAAGGAAGACUGAAAUGCCUCGUCUACAAACCAGACGUUAUUCUUGAUUUGAUACCUGCUGACAUGGUUGUGAAUGCAACUAUCGGGAUAAUGGCGAUGGCGUUGGCAAACCAUCAGCUGGAGCUAAUUUACCAUUUGGGCUCUUCAUCGAAGAACCCAAUAAGACUGCCAGAGGUUCACAAGAUGGGCCAGGCUUUCUUCUCCAAAGAUCCAUGGAGAGAUCGCCACGAGAAGCCCGUAAAAGUCGGUAAAAUCACCACUUUUAAUUCCAUGGCUUCUUUCUACAUUUACAUGGCCAUUCGCUUUCAACUCCCAUUGAAGGCAAUGGGCUUACUGAGCAAAAGUUGUUGUCGGAAAUGGGAAGCAGACCACGCUGAUCUACAUCGGAAAUUAAAGUCCGGAAUGCGACUGAUAAAACUCUAUAAGCCCUUUUUAUUUUUCGAAGGAAUGUAAGUAUAUAUAUAUAUAUAUAUAUCAACUUCGCUCCUCCUUUGUUGAUAACUAACGUUAUGAAUGAUGUGAAAGAUGUAAUAUUCGUCGAAUCAAAGGUGAGUUUACUAAGAAUUGGUAAACCAUAUAGAAAAUUGUACCGAAUAAAUCAAUUGUAUGAUAUCUCACGGUUGAACAGUGAUUACGUUUUACCAUUCAUAUCACGGUAAACUCAUCUCGGCCUUGUUUUCUACACAUGCAAUUUCGACGACACGAACUUGGAGGAGUUGAGGAAAAGUGCUCGUGAAAAAGGGUUGUACGAGGUGGGUGGGGUUGAGUUAAACAUGGAUACGAGGAGCAUCAAUUGGGAGGACUACAUCAUGAAUGUCCACAUUCCUGGUCUUGUUCAAUUCGCCAUGAAAUGAAAGACCCACCUCAAUUUGUGGCCAAAAAAAAAAAGUAGUUUCUUAAUUAAAACAAUAAAGGAAAAGGUCUUUACCUAAUGCUAUUGUAGCAUAUUAUGUUUUUGCUUUUAUUUUAUUGGACUGUGUGAUUUAUCAUAAGGGACAUUUCCUUACAAAUUCGAGAUUCAUGUAUGUCGAGUUUGUAAAGUUGUAAUCAUAAUGCAAUGAAAUAAAAUGUAGUGGGCUGGUUUAAUACCAAUACAGUGCCAACUCUAAAGAUUCCGUUUUUUUUUUUUUUGAGUGAUAUAGAUUCUGUUUGAGAAUCGAGAUAUAAAUUAAAUUUUUUUAGGUAUAAAAAAAAUAAAAAUGAUCAUUUUAUCGUUUGAAACAAAAAAAAAAAGAAUUAUCUCUUCAAUUUCUCUAUUUUAAUAAAGAUUAUUUUCGAUCUUCACCAUAAUUAAUCCACUAAGAAUUAAAACAAAAAAAAAACAUUUUAGAGCACAAUAGGAGUUUAAAAAUUAAUAUACAUGCCUCGUGUAUAAUUAAGAGCUUCAUCAUACCGACAAUCAAUUAAUUAUAGCACACAAAUUCAUAUUAUAAUAAAUACUUGUUAUCAAAUAUGUUUACUAUUUUUCACAUCAAACAUACUUAUGUAUUUUGGAAAAAUUAUCAAACAUAUCAUUUUAUUAAAAUUUUCAUCCAGAAACAUCCAAUCAAGAUCAAAUACUGGUUUGGGCGACACAAAUGUCUAAAAUAACCUUCAUAAUUUCUUUUUUUUUUGUUUCUUUUGUAAUUAAUGGCUAAUACCCCUAAUAGUUUCACUUACACGAGACGUAGAGAAAUAAAUGAAGAGUUUUUCCCUCCCGUUUUGUCAAGGCCAUGAUCGAAUACUGGUUUGGGCGGCACAAAUGUCUAACAUAACCUUCAUAAUUUCAUUUAAUUUGUUUUUGUUUCUUUUGUAAUGCCUAAUACCCUAAUAGUUUUACUUACACAAGAUGUAGAGAAAUAAAUGGAUUGUUUUUUCCUCCCAUUUGUCAAGGUCAAGUUGUCUAAACAAUCAUUCGCCCGUUGAUGACGGUUUUAGAUGAAAAUUUUAAAUGAAUGACAUAUUUGAUCAUAUUUUUAAACUGCAAGAGUAUCUUUAAUAUAAAAAUAUAUUAAAUACUUAUAUUUGACAAAAAUUCAUAAUAAAUGGACAUUUAAUAUCCAUAACCCUUAAUAUGAAUAACAUACUUAUGAUGGAAGCCCAUUAAUAUUAAAAAGCCCCUUUACGACACGGGCUUUACUGAUUUCUGUCUUUGGAAAAAAUAUUGGACCAUCCCCAUUAAUAUAUGGUAGAAUUUUGUGUAAUUUUCUCCAUUUCAAAUUUUCUGUAACGAGAGUGAAAGUAGGAAUGAUAUUUUUGUCUUUACAAUUAUUUAUUUAUUUCAAAUAAAAAAUAUCAAUAUCA